UUCAUGCUGACAAGAAGGAUGAGGAGUCAGGAGUGUUCUUCAUAGUCUGGCUGAGUUCAGCACUGGUUUGCACAUUUGCUACUGAAAAGGAUCAGAGUCCACUUCAAUGACAAGAACGGAAAUGAAGGAAAAUCCCAAAAAGAAGUUGAUAAACUCAGCAGAUAACUGUGUGGAUGAGGCUCUCUGCGGCCUCGUGAGGGCCAGCGGGGCCCUGUCUCUGCUGAAGGGUCACAGAGUUGUGCUUCGGUCCGACCUUGGCAACCUGAGGGGAAAAGUGGCCUUGCUCUCUGGUGGGGGGUCGGGACAUGAGCCGGCACACGGGGGUUAUGUUGGUGCAGGUAUGCUGUCAGCAGCCGUAGCAGGUGGAGUAUUUGCAUCUCCGCCUCCUGCCAGCAUCUUAGCCGCCAUUCUCUCCUUGCACAAUGCAGGAGCCUCCGGAGUCCUUCUGAUUGUGAAGAACUACACCGGCGAUCGCCUCAACUUCGGGCUGGCCGCAGAGCAGGCCCGUAACCAUGGAGUGGCUGUCGACAUGGUGAUAGUUGCUGAGGACUGCGCCUUCGAUCAACCCAGUAAGGCUGGGAGGAGAGGCUUGUGUGGCACCAUCUUCAUACACAAGCUGGCAGGUGCCUUAGCAGAAGAAGGCUGCUCAUUGGAUGAGAUUGUUUCCCAGGUAACAGAGGUUUUAAAAGGGAUCGGUACACUGGGGGUGAGUUUGUCUCCAUGUAGCGUUCCAGGCUGCCUGCCUUCUUUUGAUCUGCCACCAGGAGACAUGGAGCUAGGACUGGGAAUCCACGGUGAAGCUGGAAUCCGAAGGUCAAAGGUGGCAUCCGCAGAUAAGGUGGUGAAGACCAUGAUCGAUCACAUGACCAACCCUGACAGCCAAUCACAUCUGCCACUUAAGUCAGGAGACAGUGUGGUUGUGUGCGUGAACAACCUCGGAGCUCUGUCUUGUCUGGAGAUGGCUGUGGUUACUAGAGCGGCCAUCAUUUGUCUCGAGAGUCGCGGGGUGGAGGUCGCCAGGGUGAUGUCCGGGUCAUUCAUGACAUCACUGGAGAUGGCUGGUGUGUCGCUGACCCUGAUGAAGGCCAACCAGGAAACACUAAGACUGUUUGACACCAAGACCAGCGCCCCCGCCUGGCCAACUGUCAGCAGUGUGUGUGUAAGUGGACGCAGCUACAUCACAAACCCUGAAGCCACGAGCACACCACCACAGGCCGACACACACUCUGAAGGCCCGCUGAGUCCUCUGAUGCGUCAAGUGUUAGGAAGGAUUUGUUCCACGCUGUUGGAGAAGCAGGAAGAACUCAACUCCCUGGACCGAGCUGCAGGGGACGGAGACUGUGGGAACACUCAUGCACAGGCUGCAAGAGCCAUUCAGGAGUGGCUCCAGGAUCAUGUGGUCCCUGGUUGCCCCGGGAAGCUGCUUUCAGUCCUCGCUGGAUUGGUGCAGGAGAAGAUGGGCGGGUCUUCAGGAGCGUUGUACAGUCUGUUUCUGACCGCAGCGGCUGGUCAUGUGAGCGAGGCGAGGGCUGACGCUGCAGCCUGGGCUAGUGCAAUGCAUGCUGGGACGCAGGCCAUGAAGAGAUACGGUGGUGCCGACACCGGAGACAGAACCAUGUUGGAUGCUUUGUGUCCUGCUGUGGAUGAGCUGAGGAAACUGACCGCAGCAGCACCUGGUGGACAGUUGGCUGUGUUACAGGCUGCUGUUCAGAAAGCGACGUCGGGUGCCGAGUCGACCCGUGACCUCACAGCGAGGGCAGGGCGAGCCAGUUACAUCGCAGCUGAGCGGGUCACCCUGCCCGACCCCGGCGCCGUGGCUGUGGCCACCAUCCUGAAAGCCGUGCUGGAGUCACUGGAAGGGCAGAAGUGAUUCAACAAACAGAAGUAGAGAAGAUUACUAGUAUCAGAGUAUCAGAGCGACACUAUAAUGAAAUAACUGUAGUAAAACUAAUGUGACUAAAUGUUUUUGCAAGCUUAUUUUCAUACUUUACAUACAGUAUGAACAGAAACUGUUGUGUCCAUAAAAGACAGAAAAUCUGUCUAUAAUGCUCAAAGUAUGCUUUGGAAAAGUAUCAGCAGUGAUGUAAAGUAUACACAACAUUUAGUAAAUGGUCAAAAACCACAAAAAAAACACCAGUAUGGUCCUUUUAAAUUUGAUUAACAAGCUCAGAAGUACUGAUAAAGGCUUGAAUACGUGAGUAUUAUUGAUUCAACUCUGUGGUUGAAUAAUGAAUCAACAUUCCUGGUUAGAGAACACUUGAAUAGACAUUGAUUGGUCUAAUAAUUAAACUUUCAGAGGUUUGUUUGACACUAGGAACAACUCAUAUGCAGGGUGUUCUGUAGAUUACACAUUCCUAAUCAAAGGCCAAGUGAAUUUACUUAUCAGAGGAGUACUCUGAAUGUUUAGGGCCACGUGAGAGACACGUAAAAAAAAAAUAUCAUAAAAACACUAGAUCAUACAUUUCCCAUAACACAACUUGCUGCUUGUUUCGUUACACACUCCCUGCCUGUUAAGUCUUUCAAACAACUAGCCCUCAGUUUGUAACACAGCCUUUUCUGUUAAAGGUUUGUUGCGUCCUCCUCGUGACGAAAAUAGCCGGAGUGUUUCUUUACCACUAAUAAUAUAUCAUUUGUUUUUAUUUGUCUACAGACAAGGAAUAAAAGCCCUUUCUUUACACAGCAGUGUUCAUUCAAACUAAUAAAAAAUAUCUCAA